CGUACGUAUAGUAAAACAUCUAACAUUAAAAAAAAGAGCCUGAUCAUUUUUUCUUUUAGUCUUGGGGUCCUCCCUGGAUUUUUCGCUUUCUUCUCUCUCUCUCUCUCUGUGAUUUUCCUACUCUCUACGACUGUAUCCAAGGGCAUACCACUUUCUCCUUCGUCUCUGUUGUCCCGUCAUAGUAUAUAGCAUACACACAUCCACAUGGGUAAUAGCCACAGCCACAACCACAGCAACACGAAAAACACGAGGGAACCCCGUCGUCACUCUUUCCACUUUGACAUGCACAUUCACCACGCACCAAAGCAACCCCAACCUAUUCCGGACAGCGUUGAUGGCGAUCAUUUCAAAGUCGGCUCUCGACUCGGUGCUGGCAGCUUUGGUGUUAUCCAUGAAGGAGUCAAUACCGAAAACGAUCAGCUCAUUGCCAUCAAGUUUGAGUCAGAUCAUGCGCGAAUGCCACAACUGCGCGAAGAACAUCGUAUCUAUGAAAUGUUGGCAGGAGCACCUGGGUUUCCUGCGUCGUACUAUUUUGGACAUGAGAAUGGUUACAAUAUCCUAGUGAUGGAUGUGUUGGGCCCCAAUCUGGAUGACUUAUUCAGGAUGUGUGAUAAACAGUUUUCACCAAAAACUGUCUGCAUGAUUGCUAAAACUAUGCUUCAUUUAUUACAAACGGUGCAUGACCUUGGCCUGAUCUAUCGCGACGUCAAGCCAGACAAUUUUUUAAUUGGUCGUGCCGGAUGUAACAAUCCCAAGCAAAUUUACAUGAUUGACUUCGGCAUGAGCAAACCUUACCGAGAUCCUCAGACCGGGUGUCAUAUCCCAUUCCGGGAGCGCGGUUGUAUAUCGGGUACCGCAAGAUACAUGAGUCUACACGCACAUGCUGGCGGAGAGCAAUCACGCCGAGAUGAUCUAGAAUCCAUGGGCUAUGUGUUACUCUAUUUAUUACGUGGCUCGUUGCCUUGGCAAGGCGUCAAAGCAUCGUCUGAAGAGAAGAAAUAUGAAAAGAUUGAAGAAAUCAAACAUCAUACACCAAUUGCUCAGCUGUGUGCCAAUCAUCCAGUGGAGUUUAGUAUAUUCCUGCACUAUGUUCGAAAAUUAAAGUUUGAUGAAGCACCAGAUUACGACUUUUGCGAAAGCUUAUUUGACAAGGCGCUGAAACGGAUAGGUGCUACUGAUGAUGGCAUCUACGACUGGACGUUACUGAAUGACGGGAAAGGCUGGGAGUCGUGUGAACCGAAACCGGAGCCGCUGAUGCUAACUUAUUAAAGGAGAACAAAUACCAAUCAUACCACUUUGCACUACCAUCCCCCAAAUGUAUAAUUUUAACAACUCAAUUCAACACAUAUGACAUACCACGCACUACAUUUUAACAUAGUUUGUUCUA